GAUGUUCUCGAAGGUUUAUGUAUUCGGACUACUUUUUACUGCCAUAACUCUUCUUUAACCCUCUCUUCUGUUUUUCACUUGAUGGAUUGAUCGUCUCAUAUUCUUCAUCGUGUCAUCUCCUCCAUCUUAGAUCACCGUCCCAUCGUAUCGGCGCCGUCGUCCUAGGUCGUUACAUCACCUUCUCGCCGUCUCAUAUCCUCGGACAAUCUCAGGUACUCAUCGUCUCUGUUCUCAUAAUCUUGAUCUCGAACACGAACACGAUCACGAUCACAAUCACGAUCUCUCUUCUCUGUUUUCUUAUUUUUUGCCAAAUGGUGUGCUUCUUUCGAUUUUUGCUGGAUUAGAGGUUUGGAAUAAAUAAUACAAUACAAGAACAUGCAGGCAUCAAGAGCAAGACUUUUUAAGGAAUACAAGGAGGUGCAAAGGGAGAAAGUAGCUGAUCCAGAUAUCCAACUUGUUUGUGAUGAUUCCAAUAUAUUUAAAUGGACUGCACUUAUCAAGGGACCAUCAGAAACUCCUUACGAGGGUGGAGUUUUUCAACUUGCGUUUUCUGUUCCUGAGCAAUAUCCUUUGCAGCCUCCCCAAGUGAGGUUUUUAACUAAAAUAUUUCACCCAAAUGUUCAUUUUAAGACAGGAGAGAUUUGCCUGGAUAUUCUGAAGAAUGCUUGGAGUCCAGCAUGGACACUCCAAUCUGUUUGUAGGGCAAUAAUUGCUUUAAUGGCCCAUCCAGAACCGGAUAGUCCACUCAAUUGUGAUUCAGGGAAUCUUCUUCGAUCGGGUGAUGUUAGAGGAUUCCAGUCGAUGGCUAAGAUGUAUACUAGGCUUGCAGCCAUGCCCAAGAAAGGUCGAAUUUUCUCUACAUGA